AUAUGAUACUGAAUGGAGAUAGUAACAGCCAGCAUAAGAGUGUUGAUUUUAUAUACUGGUCACAUGACUGAUUGACUACCUUUCCUUUCCAUUCAGCCCGGUUGUAUGUAUCACGGUCUUGUAAAAGUCGGGAUUUUAAUCACUCGGUUGUUGCUAAUCGCGCCUAGGGUUAUCUUUAAUUCUAACAACACAUGUCAUAAGGAUAUUAAACUUUAUAUCGGGUCACAAGUUAGCAAUGUUGCUCCUGUAAUGGAAGGAUAAUAACUUUAUAUCUGAUUUCACCAAUGAAAAGACAGGAAACAUUACAGAGAUUUGUGAGACGUGUAGACUAUACUGAAUUAAUUUUAAUGUCUUCGUGAGAUAGGGAUUUAUUUAUUUAUACUGUGUGUAAAGUGGACUUGGAUCACCAUGAGGCCCAGUACAGCAUUUUCUGUCAGGAGACCAGCAAUGGCCCUGUGUGAUGUCAUCAGAUGUGGAUAUUUUCAACAAGUUCGAACACUCGUUGAUGUGGGGCUCGAUGUAGACAAACCUGACGCUGAGGGAAAAACCCCUUUAAUAUUGUGUGCUUUUAUAGAACCCGAAAGCUGGGGUGUCGGGAUAGCCCGAAUAUUAAUAGAAAAUGGCGCGAAUGUUUCUACCCAGGAUCGAUAUGGUUUAAAUGCUUUUCAUUAUGUUUGUAUAUACGGACGCUUUCAGUUGGCGAGAAUCCUUUUAAAUGCGAUAGAUUUUGAUCUUAAUCAAAUAGACCGGUUUGGUAACACCGCCCUGCAUUACGCCGUGAGAGCCGGGAAUUCCAUGAUCACCAAGCUUAUCGUUCAAUGUUUAAAACGAUAUAAUUUACCUUUCGAUACACCAAAUAAACAAGACCACACGGCUCUGCAAGAAGCUUAUAAAUUGAAGUUUUUAAGUUGUGUUAAACUUCUGGAAGAUGAUGACACGUUCGAGAUACCGUGUGAUGACACUAACCUUAUAUUAGGGUUUGAAAACAUCGAACCCAAAAACAAACCUAAAAGAUGUCUACGCGAAUGCUGUAGGAAUGUCACGUUACCGGGUCGUUAUGAGAGACCAGAAAGUACUGCAAAAGCUCCCAAACCCAACAAGAAGAACCCCGAAAGGAUCAUCAAGUGUGCGAGUCCUAAAGACUUCAGAAAUACCAAAGAAAAUAUUUUCAAACUGACGGCUUUACCUUUCGAUGAUUUGAACUCCAGUGAAGAAUCUCUACCAACUAUCACUCGACCAAAAUCCGCUUUCAUCAGCAGACGUGAUUCAGAAUCAAGCAGUGAUUCGUCUUGCUGCAGCUGGCGAGAUGAACUCAGAACCUUAUACCAAAACUUUGAGUUUCAGUGCUCGCGAUCUUGGAGGAGACCCGUCAAACGACUUGAGAUUAAAAUAGAGGCACCAACCAUCGAUGAGGAAGCUGAGAAACUAAAAGAUAAAAGGUGCAGACGACCAAGCUAUUCCAGAUUAGGUCUCAGUCUAGAUCUCCAUGGCCAAAGGCGCCGAUCGUCUUUCUCGCCAAAAAUAUCACGAAAAGGGUCGACGUCUGAUAAACGUUCGCCUUCUGGGGACAAUAUAUCUUUAGGUUCAAGUACUGAUUCAGUAUCAAGUGUAACACCAAGAUCCAAGAACAACCUCAGUCCGAGAAGUACAAACCAAUAGAAAUUGACCAAGUUAGUUUACAGUCAGUACACGCGACUCAAUUCUAUGGAAUACAAUUAAUGUUUAUUACUGGGCGACUUUUCCACUAAAUGACUCCCCAGUGAUUAGAGAAUGUUACAGUUAAAACAAAUAUAAACUACAAUAAAAGUAACUUAAAGAUACAUUAUGUAACAUUUAGUUAAAGAGCUUGCCAUUCUUGUUAUAAUAGUUUAAAAAUAGAUAAUGCAAAAUGAAUAUGGUGAAAUUUAAUCUUUGAGAGUUUGUCGAGAUGUAUGUAUUAAUUGCAACCACCGUACUGUUUGUUCGAAGCUAAGCCUCGCUUCUCCAUUUUUAAAUUAAAUCAAAUAUGGCUGAACCGUUCUUAUCUACUUAAUAUUGGAGAUAUCCGAUGGCAUCGAGAGUUGAUUGGGGUCUGGAUAAGUUAAUUAAUGUCUGAAUGAUAAUAUAACAUUUCAGGUCUAAAGAAAGACCUACAAUAGAAAGGUUUAGCUCUUGAAUAAUGGGGGAUCACGGUGGAUAAGUGGGUAAGACGCUGGCUCGCUAGCCUGGAGGUCGGGUGUUCGAUCCCUGCAUUGGCCGAGAAAGUUCAUCCAGAUUUUCCGGCGCGGUUCUCCCUUCUCUGUGAUGCUGGACUGAGGUCUCUGUACACAUUGACGUGCACAUAAGAGUAGGCCGUAGUGCCGCUGUCCGGUCAAAAUUUCCCCCAUAGCACACUGUAUGGCGUAUGCCCAUCUUCAUUAGCCCAGUUCGGAGCAGAGCAGUAGGACGUUAAACCCCAUUUCAUUUCAAUUCAUUUCUUGAAUAAUGUGGAUAAUAAUGAUCAAAUUGUAACGAUUACAUCCAAUAUAACACUAGCGAAUGAAAAAUAUAAACUGUAAUAUUUGUAUUCUGCGUAUUGCCAGUUGAAUUACUAAUUGAAAUAAUGCAUUUAGCAAAGUAAAGAGAAAUUUAUCUUUGGUACUAAUUGUGAUGAAUAUGAAUAAAAUACAAUAAAUGUUAUAAA